GUCCUCGGAUCAGUUUUUUCCGUUUGAAUCCUGUUUAAACGAGCAGCAGAACGUCCUCAGAGCUGUUCCCGGAUCAGCCAUAAACACCCAAGGCUGCAGGCAGCACGCACACUGAUGAUGUCAUUCGCCGAGAACAACAACAGUCUCUCACAGGGAUCCUUAGCAGCUUAGUUUGCUCUAAAGUGCUGAUUAAUUCUCUCUAAUUAAAACGCUUUUUUGAAUUAGGAGCCCAGUCAGACCAUCAUGAUAGUUUGACUUAAAGUAUUGCACUGAGCGAACUUUAGUACAGAAGAUGUUUCACUAAAAGAUGUCAGGCCGCGGUGACAAGUUAACGACGCGUCACUCGCUGUCUGUGCAAGUUUGACAAAAAUUACACGACUUAUUUCUUUCACGAGCUUCUCUGAGCGAAGUGCUAUAGUGUGUUUGCGAAUAAUAUUAACUUGACAUCUCAGAAAUCUGCUAGUAUGUUAAAGGUUCAGUUAAACGUCUCUCAGUGAGAGCAAGACAAAAGGAUGAUCUUGAAGAGUUAAACCAAGCCCUGACAAACAUGCCUCAACGGAAGAGAGCCCUUGUUCCCAUAAAUGCAAGGAGAAGGGCUAAAGCUGAUGAAGAUUACUUCCCUUUCAACUGUCUACCGGUGGAAUGUCAACUCCAUGUGCUCUCAUUCCUCAGCGAGGUGGACAAAUGCAACUCGGCCCUUGUGUGUGCGAGCUGGAGCUGCUUAGUGCGCUCUGGGAAGCUCUGGAGAGUUGCAGACUAUUCCCGCCGUGGGGUGUUUAAUUUGGGCCAGGAGGGUCUGCUCGUCUCCAACAGAGAGUUUGAGCGCUGGAAAGCUUGGGUUCACCAUUACACACAUCAUCUAAUAUCCCGUGGGGCUAGUUUGCUUACUCUGAAGGCCAGUUUUGAUCUAGGGGACCAGUGCAAUAAAUGGGGCGAUCUCCUGUCACAUCUUCUAGAGAACGUGCAUUGCCGGGAUCUCAGUCAUUUAGACUUGAACUGGACAUUUACGCUGCUGGAACCUCUCGACCUCCGUGUCCACACAAGUUCUAGUUCUCAUCAAGAGAAUAUUACCAAGAUGGACCAGGUUAACAACUUUCACAUUCUCCUAGCCAGGCUGGUCCACAGCUGUCCCAGGAUUUCCAAAAUGCGCCUGCACUUCGACUGGUCCGAAACAUCCGUUGCGCUGAUCACUCAGUUCCAACACCUCCGUAUCUUAGAAUUGAAGUACUUUUGGGUAUUCAAAGGGGUCAGUCCGAACACUUUACAGAUGCUGGCAAAAUCGCUGCCUAAUCUAAAAUCCCUCACGCUCCAUGUUCUUGUUCCGCUGCGAAAUCUAGGCAUCUCGUACACCCUUGAAUCCCUUUCGCUCGAGUUCCUUGAUGUGUCACCCAGUCUGGUCUUCUCCUGCCUCAACCUCCCAGCGCUGCGAGAGCUGCGGGCGAAAAAGAUAGUUCGGGGCAUUACUUUGGACCGUCGGACUCGACUACAGAUACAGAGCCGAUGGCCCUGCUUGUAUCAGGUCUUACGUGAAGGGACACCAAAACUUCAGGCCCUUAACAAUGAAAGACUCCUUCCCAGCUGGAAAGAGCAAAGUUACAGAGAGCUGACAUCAAUCCUCCAGCAGUCUUGCUACUGUCUUCAGCAUUUAGACAGCUGGCUUUGGUGAAGUUGAGACUUAAACAAUUACAGGCAACACAUAAUGGCCGAAAGGGCCACAGCCACUUCCUGAAGAAAACCAUGUUGGAAAAUUCGAAGAACCAAAAAUAGAAUCAGAUAACACACUUCUGCUGAUCCUUUAAAUAUGUCCAGAUUCUUAACUAUACAAUCAUGCCUCAAGAGUUUCAGCUUGUGUUCUGGCUGAAGUGUGUGCAUUUUUUAGGAGCUUAAGUGAAUUCAGGAAAAGUAUUAUAUUGUGCAAAGAUGAGAAUAAAGCGGAUUGCGGCAGGGGACUGUGGAUCA